GCAGAGGGGACGAGCUGGGGGAAGGGCAUCAACUCUGAGCCAGGCUGUACUAAUCUUUGUCAUAGACGCUCUCUCUUAAUCCUCAUGGUCCACUCUGCCAGCAAGCCUUCAAGGUAGUCACACUGACACUUGUCACUGUGGUCGGGCUGCGACUGGGGGUGCAGGGACUGGCGAGCUGAGCUGUGACUUCUUCGGGAGCAUCCUGAGGUCUCCGGCUGCCCUGAGGGUCCCGCCGGGCUAAUGCUCAGCCUGGGCCGUGAGGGGAGGUCGCCAGGGCAGCAAGCCCCUGGCCAGGAAGCCCCAAAGGGGCUUAUUUCAACCUGAUGCCUUCCAUUCUGAGACAGUGGAAAACCUGUCUGUUCUGAUUAUGGUUGACAGCUUCCCUCCGGCCACUCUUUGAUAGAAAUGUUCCCGUUAUGUAAGGGGGUUACAUAAGUCACCUUGUGAUGUCUGUCACACGUCCAGGAGGCACUGGCCCCACCACUGGGCCUCUGAGGUGGCAUUUGUAUGUUUCCUGGGUUGAGGGGAUCAGACCUAACUCUGCAGCGUCGGGAGGGGCACGUCUGGGUCUCUGGGUUAGCGAAGCCCCUAGGCCAUUAGGGAGCCGUACCGUACAACAGUCACCAUCAAGCGUCUGGACCUAGAUGCCUGCAUCCCAGUCCCUGCUCUGCUGUUUACUGACCAGAGGACUUCAGACUAGUCUCCUUAUCUCCCGAGCAAGUGGCUUAGUAGGUGUUACCUCCAGUGAUGCAGUGGUCAGCUCUGUGUCCGUCCCUGGAGCUGCCGGCCAUCAGCAGAGCCCACGCUCUUCAUGGAAAGCCCCAUGCCGUGGUCCCCUGGUGAUGGCAUCCGACAGUGACGUGAAGAUGCUCCUGAACUUUGUGAACCUGGCGUCCAGUGACAUCAAGGCGGCCCUGGACAAGUCCGCGCCGUGCCGCCGCUCCGUGGACCAUCGCAAGUACCUGCAGAAGCAGCUCAAACGCUUCUCCCAGAAGUAUUCCCGGCUUCCUCGGGGCCUCCCCAGCAGAGGCACCGAGCCUCAUCUGAAAAGGGGACCCGAGGACCAGCCUGGGAGGCUGCUCCUCGAUCCCGGCCAUGAUUCCAGUCCUGGUGUGGUGGGGGGCUACAAAGAGAAGGCUCUGGGGAACCCCUACAGGGAGGAAUGUCUCUCUAAGGAGCAGACCUUACAGAGGCAGAAUCCAGAAGCUGCCAGGCCUGGCCAGGUGCCCAUGAGGAAAAGACAGCUGCCCGCUUCCUUCUGGGAAGAGCCUCGGCCCACCCACAGCUACUCCCUGGGGCUGGAGGGGGAGUUGGGUCCCAGGGAGGGAUCUCCCUAUGAGGGUAAGAAACACUGUAAAGGCUUGGAGCCCUUGGAUCCUGAGAUGGCCCCCGUGCCUGCGUCCCCAAGGGCACCAGCUGGCAAGGAGCCACUCAAGAUGUCUGGGGUCUCCCUGGUGGGCCGUGUCAAUGCCUGGGGCUGCUGCCCCUUCCAGUACCAUGGACAGCCCAUCUACGCUGGCCCCCCAGGGGCCUUGCCUCAGAACCCCGUCCCCAGCCUGGGCCUGUGGAGGAAAAGCCCAGCGUCCCCUGGGGAGCUGGCCCACUUCUGCAAGGAUGUGGACGGGCCGGGACAAAAAGUGUACAGACCCGUGGUUCUGAAGCCCAUCCCUACCAAGCCGGCUCUGCCCCCGCCCAUCUUCAAUGUUUUUGGCUACCUCUAGCGGGGCUGGGAGGGCCUUGGCUCCCCCCUCUGGCCGGCAGAGAUGUUGGGAGCCCCUCCCGAGAGCACUUCUUGUGCAGAGUGAGCUGGGCAGUGGGAGCCUUCCUUUUGUGUAUGUCCAGGAGAGGGGGAGGAUGGGUUUGGGGCAGGGGCCUCGCAGGCAGUCUCCAAGUCAGCUCCUCUAGCCUUGGGAGCUGGGGGGCUGGGCUCAGCCAGCCCCUCUCCAGCCAGACCAGAGACCGACCGAUCAUCGCACUGUCCUUGGGCCGGUCUUGGGUGGUGGGGCUCUGCCCUGGCCUUCCUGCCACUCUGUUCACGUGCUGCCCACCGUGUAAGCCAAUCUCAGUUCUGUUCGUUUUGGUUUUUGUAAAUAUUAAGAAGGUUAAAAGAAUAAAGACAUUUCUUUUGCAGUUUCCA